AUGGACUUUAUUCAAAAACAGCCACUGGUUGAGCGACUGGCAGAGGACAUUCUAAGUGAAAAACACUUGAGAAUAGAAUAUGAUCGACGACGACAGGAGCUGCAGCAGGCACUGGGAUUUUUUCGACAGGGAAAUGCGCUAGCAAAAGAGAAAAAAACGUGGAUGUACUCUGGUGGCUUGUUUGUAAAGUUCUCUAGAGAAGAUGCCCAUAAGAUGCUUAAAGAAGAUUUAGUAAAAAUCAAUUCAGAAAUUGACAAAUGCAACGAUAAUAUUAGGAAAUGGACAAUUGAGUUGGAACAAGCUGAACGAGGAGCAGCUAGUGCACGACUUCAAGGACUAGAGCUAAAGGGAAUAUCUCGAUCUGAAAUGGAAUCACUAUCACAGUUUAGUAGACGAUCUUGA